AACCUCUUUUUGAAAAGUUAAAAAUAAUAUCUGUGAGGAUGUAACGUCCGAGUGGUUCGGAUUCACCACGCGACGAAAAACGGAGCGAAAAUCAGAGCGGCGCGGGAGGAGGUUUAGCGCCAAUUUAAAUGAACUCCCGCGGGUGACGUCACAGAACUCCGACUCAUCUGUUCUGAGGCGCGAGCCGGAGCAGCAGGCUGGACCAGAACAAAAGCGGCGGAGGAGUUCUAACCGCUGCCACGAGACCACCUUUGAACACCUGAGCCGAAGAAGAGUGAACUUCACGGGCAGAAAGCCUGAGGUUUGCUCUGAAGCUUUCCGAGGCGCGUGAGAGGAUAAUGCGGGGACAACAGGAAGAGAAGGAACCAAAGUCUGCUGCUGAAGGAGCUCCUAAAGACAACCCAGGGCGACAGAGGAAGAGGAAGGCAGAUGUUGCCAUUUUUUUACCCGACUUGGAUGAAGACGUAAAGGAGAUGACAAAGAAAAAGCACCGCGAGUCUGAGAUGAGCUGCCGUCUGGAUUAUGGAAGCCCUCGGAGCUCGAGCCCCACCCCUCUGCAGGAGGAGGACCAGCAGGCUUCGCUCACCAGCGCCGGCCUCUUUCACUACGACUUCCACAACAUCUUUGUAACGCCUGUUCACUGCACUCCGCUCCCUGCGCUAUGCUGGGCCAGUAAGGAUGUGGUGUGGAACAACAUGCUGGAGAAGGACAGGACCUACAGCAGAGACGUCCACAUGCUGCAGAAACAUCCACACCUGCAGCCCAACAUGAGGGCCAUCCUGUUGGACUGGCUGAUGGAGGUCAGCGAGGUUUACAAACUGCACAGAGAGACUUAUCACCUGGCUCAGGACUACUUCGAUCGCUUCAUGGCCACACAGACGAACGUCUUCAAAUCCACCCUGCAGCUCAUCGGCAUCACUUGUCUCUUCAUCGCAGCCAAAGUGGAGGAGAUGUAUCCUCCGAAGGUGCAUCAGUUUGCCUACGUCACAGAUGAAGCCUGCACAGAAGAUGAGAUCCUCAGAAUGGAGAUUAUUAUAAUGAAGGUAGGGAACCCUGGAGCUCUGAGGAGCAGAACGUUUGUUCGUUUCCUCCCUGCAGCUCUGAAGAGGGUGGAGGUGGAGGAGUGCGUGAGGUGGAUGGUGCCGUUCGCCAUGGCGCUGCGAGAGGCCGGCGGAUCGCAAAUGAAGAUCUUUGCAGGAAUCCCAGCGGACGACAUGCACAACAUCCAGCGCCACGCAUCCUACCUCACAUGGCUGGACAGGGCCUACUCCUACAAGGACGCGGAUCUGAAACAGCACAGCGGCUGCCCCGUCCCCUCCGGCGUCCUGACUCCACCUCUGAGCAGUGAAAAAACAGAAGAGCUGAACGGAGCCGAAGCUGCAGGGCCAAAAAUCAAACCAAGGAUGUGCACGCCUCCCCCUGAGCCCCACCUCCGCCAGUAGAAAAAGACAGAUUUCUACUCUUAUUAAGCUGAAACUGAAAGAAGGUGAGGCGGAAAAACGUUUACUGGUUGGUUUGAUAUGGAAGGAAGUCGGUGCGUCUGGAGAAAUGACAUCGAAGGCGACGCGGCCUUCCUGUCCCUGCAGACACGUCGUCCUCUCAGCGAAUCGAGGUUUCACAGGUUCUUUACUUGAUGGCGUGCAUGUGUUUGACAGUGGUUGGCGUGUGUGGUAAUUUUAUUUUUAUCGUUUUUCAUCUUACUUGCCCAUUUAACUAUUUCUAGGGCCAUGUUUGGUCCUAUGUGCUGCUACGAAGUGGGCUUUGCAUGAUGGGGAAUGUUUUGUGCAAGAUUAAAAUGAUUUUUUUUAUUUUCUCUUUGGCUGAAUUGUGGCCAUAAUUAGUUUUAUUUUUCUUUGGGAUCCGUAGCUUGGCUACCUCAAAGAACAGCAGAACUAGCCAGGCUUUAAAAGCUGCAACAUAGAUUAUCUUUCAUUUUCUUUUUCUUAUUUUUUUAUUUCAAACCUGUAGUUUUUUUUUUUUUUGCCUCAUUUUAAAUGUCAGAUUUUUAUUUUCUUUUAUAAAUUUAUAUAUAAAAUUGCUGCUACACCUUUUUACAUUAAAGUUUCUGUAGAUUUCUGUGAUCUUCAUGCAUUAUCCUGUUAUUUUAUCAAGUUCUGAAGGUUUUUUUUGUGUUUUACGGUGUCCAGAGGUGGAGAAUCACAGGCAGGUUUGUUUCCACCAGGUAUCAGUGUCAGGCUUUUUAACCAAACCCUCCUUUCUGAUGCAUUGAUCACUGCUGCAUUUAUUUUAUUUUUUUAAUUAGCCUUUAUAAGGAUGUUCAAGUCAAAUUUCUGUUUUAUUUGUAUUUCCAGAACCAGGUCUUUGACACCAAUUAAAGAUUUCCCAAUAAAUGUGUGAUUUCAUGCUUUUACAUGAUGAAAUAACUUGAAGCUUUGUCUCCAAUGGUCCAGAAACAUUAAAUACUUCAUGGAAAAUCAGCAGGAUUCCUAAAAGCCUUUAUUUCUGGCUCG